UCUCUGACUUAUAAAAUCACGCUAUUCCCUUAUUUAGGGCAUUCAUUUCGAUCUAAUCGCGUUUCUAAAUAUUAUAAAUUUUGUGCUGUUUUGAAAUUUUCGUCGAUUUUUCACCUGCAGCGUUGUGGACUUUUUUCCGGGCAAGUUGUACGAUUCGCGUAAAGUGUUUACUAUUUAAGUGUGAUUUCUGGCAGUGAACUGGAUUCGUACGAAUUUCGACUGAUCGAGGACUACCUCGAGAUGCCAGUUAGGAAGCAAGAAGCUCAUCGUGCAUUGGAGUUACUGGAAGAUUACCACUCAAAAUUGGUUCGUCCGCAGGAUCAAACUUUGAGGCAGGCCAUCGAACGGGUUAUUAAGAUCUUCAAGUCUCGACUCUUCCAAGCAUUAUUAGAUAUUCAAGAGUUUUACGAACUAACAUUACUAGACGAAAACAAAUCAGUUCAAGAAAAAACUGCCGAAACCAUUCGGAUAGCCAACAAAUGGGAAUCAAACGACGGGCCCAUCAUUCCUGCGUACACAAAUAAUGAUGUGACAGGUAGCGCGUUAAUCACGACCAUCGGAGGACAUGAAAGUAGCCGAGAAAAUGUCUCCUAUGAAUACCAACUAAAGAGUCGAUAUAACGAGGACGAUGUUCCUCCACCUGCAUCUCCUCCUGUUCAAUCUAAAAUAAUCAAUACAACUGUACUCGUAGACAAUCACUCAAGGCAUGGUUCGCUGGAAACUGUUACAACCGGUCGAAGGAAAAGCUUUUCUGAAAAAAGCAUAACCAGUGAAUCUGCGAAGCAAACUUAUAGGGGCAACGAUAGCUGGCAAGGAAAUGACACCGAUCAAGCUCAUUCUCCUCUGCUGGGUCCGGGCGAAAAUCGUCAGCUUAACGGUGAUGAUGAAUGGGAGUACGAAGAAAUUAUAUUAGAACGAGGAGGUGCAGGUCUAGGGUUCAGUAUCGCUGGUGGAACGGAUAAUCCUCAUGUCGGCGAUGACACUGCCAUAUACGUCACGAAACUGAUAGGCGGAGGUGCAGCUGCAGCUGAUGGACGGCUACUUGUUGGCGACUCUAUACUGGGUGUCAAUGAACAGCCCGUGGUGGAUGUUCCACAUGCCGUGGCGGUAGAAGCCUUGAAGAGGGCUGGAAAUAAUGUUAAAUUGAGUAUUAGACGUCGACGGCAACCUCGUCACAUGAGACUAAUGGAAAUAGAGCUACUUAAGGGCAACAAAGGGCUUGGCUUCAGUAUCGCAGGAGGUAUUGGAAAUCAACAUAUACCAGGUGAUAAUGGAAUUUACGUCACCAAAGUUAUGGAGGGUGGUGCUGCACAAGUUGAUGGCAGACUGAUGGUGGGGGACAAAUUGAUAGCUGUCAGAGAUGCGGAGAAAGGAGAAGUGAAUUUAGAAAACGUAACACAUGAAGAGGCGGUAGCCACGCUCAAAACCACACAAGAUUGUGUAGUACUUGUAGUUGCCAAACUUGAUACUGGAUUCACAGCUCCUGCUUCUGAUACGUCUUAUUCGCCUCAAUUGUCAACUAAGGCGUCCCGCUGUUACCCAGAAUCGUUACAUUCUGCACAUUCAUCCAAUUUGGCCUUACAUCAGCCUAUAGGUACUCCGAGAGCAGUUAGCACCGAAGAUAUUACCAGGGAAGUUCGAACUGUGACUCUUCAAAAAAGCUCAACCGGUUUGGGCUUUAAUAUAGUCGGUGGAGAAGAUGGAGAAGGAAUUUUUGUAUCGUUUAUCCUUGCUGGCGGCCCAGCAGAUCUCAGUGGAGAACUCAAACGAGGAGAUCAGAUUAUUAGCGUCAAUGGAGUCAAUCUUCGCAAUGCGACCCAUGAAGAUGCUGCUCAAGCACUUAAGGGCACUAGUCAAACGGUAACAAUAGUGGUUCAAUACAGACCUGAAGAGUACAACCGCUUUGAGGCGAAAAUAAACGACCUCAAGCAGCAAAUGGCAAAUCCUGUCACGGGGGGCACCUUACUUAGAACCUCACAGAAACGAUCUUUAUAUGUUCGAGCCUUAUUUGACUAUGACCCUGUAAAGGACGAUGGUUUGCCCUCUCGAGGGUUAGCAUUCCAAUACGGCGACAUUUUACAUGUAACUAAUGCGAGCGAUGAUGAGUGGUGGCAAGCUAGACGGGUACUCGCUUCAGGAGAUGAACAAGGAAUGGGCAUAGUGCCAAGCAAAAGGCGAUGGGAACGAAAACAAAGAGCUAGAGACCGAUCUGUUAAGUUCCAGGGCCAAGGGGGUCAAGCUGAAAAGCAAUCAACAUUGGAUAGGAAAAAGAAAAGUUACUCAUUCAGUCGUAAGUUUCCGUUUAUGAAAAGCAAAGAUGAAAAGUCUGAAGACGGAUCUGACCAAGAACAAGCAUCUUUGUCUGACCAGCAAUCUAACGGUAAUGAAAAAACUUCUUCCACAUUUAUGUUAUGCUACACACAAGAAGACUCGAAUAAUGAAGGUGAAAUAUUAUAUCGGGUUGAGCUCCCUUACAUGGAAGAAAUUACGCUAAUAUAUCUGGAGAAUAGUGACAAUAUUGACGACUUUAGCAAUGAGGAAACCGUAUUAUCCUACGAAGCAGUACAACAAAUGCAGAUUCAGUACACUAGACCGGUUAUCAUUUUGGGACCUCUAAAAGAUAGAAUAAAUGAUGAUCUCAUAUCAGAAUUCCCAGAGAAGUUUGGCAGUUGUGUGCCUCAUACUACUAGACCGAAACGUGAAUAUGAAGUUGAUGGUCGCGAUUACCAUUUCGUUGCAUCACGAGAACAGAUGGAAAAAGAUAUUCAAAAUCAUCUAUUUAUUGAAGCAGGCCAAUACAAUGACAACCUGUAUGGAACUUCAGUGUCAUCAGUAAGAGAAGUAGCAGAAAAGGGAAAGCAUUGCAUUCUGGAUGUUAGUGGAAAUGCAAUUAAGAGACUGCAAGUGGCACAGCUCCACCCUGUGGCAAUAUUUAUCAAACCGAAGUCUGUGGAAUCUAUAAUCGAAAUGAACAAGAGAAUGACUGAAGAACAAGCUAAAAAAACAUUUGAAAGAGCUUUGAAAACAGAACAGGAGUUUGGUGAAUAUUUUACAGCUGUAGUGCAAGGCGAUACCCCAGAAGAUAUCUACGCUCAGGUUAAAGAUAUUGUAAACGAGCAAUCUGGCCCAACUAUCUGGAUCCCGGCUAAGGAGAAACUGUGACCCCAAGCCCCUGUAUGGAUAUUUCCCUCGCGCUCUCCACGUAUUUAGACAUGCAUCUUCGUAAUAGAUCGCAAGUUACACCUAAACUAGCAUCACGUAAUUAUUGCACUCUAUUUCUUGCGAAAAGCUGUAUGCCUUUUGAUCGCUUUUGCAUAAUGUAUUAAAAGUAAGAUGUUGUGAAAGUUUAAAUCAAUAAUUUCAUUUCGUACGUAACUGUUUAUCCAAACAUCGAACCAUUUGCAAACCAGGAAUAUGAAAAACUGUUGCCAUUUUAAGACUGAUGGUGAAAAUUAUUCAAGGAAGAGGUACCUCAUUUCACACUGCGCCGGAUUAUCUAAUCAUUAAUCGAUCUUCAGUAGAUUCUUAUUUCAAAAUCAACAUAUAAGAACACGCUAAUAGCAUAAAAGCAUACUUUUAUAAUGAAACUUCACAACAUUUUAUCCAAUAUUUGAAUAAUUCUUAUGCUACGAACGCAUACCUUGGUUGCUUAAAAGACGAUUCUAAAUUAAUCGGUAUCAAAGUUAAUUGUAAAGAGUUAAAGUGCAGGGAUCAAUUUGUAUGGAAUUGACAAAAUGACAGGAGCCUUAGAAGCAUGUAAACGCGGCAGUGAAUCUCAAAAAAUAAUGUUAAACACUCUUACAUUGCUAUAUAGUUAUACAAAGUAGUUUAAUUAUUACUUUUAAGCGUUGAAUAAGGAUUAUAAAACAUUCUAGGCAAUUAGUAUUUGAUUUACUGAAUUUACUUCCGAGAAAUAUUUGCCACAGAAUAUUUCCAUUAAGAGGAGGUGAAAAUACGCUUUACGAAUGAAGUAUACUCAAAAGUAAAAAUUUGUAACGCGCUUUGCGCUUUUAAGCAACCAAUCUCCCAUUUUAUGUAAUUUAGAAACUACACAAUUAAAUUCAUAGUUAACAUUGUUAAGUCCGGAUUAGUAUUAUGUAAUACUUUUUGUUUAUUAAAGCAAUAUUGAACUGAUUAGUUUUUGCCACUUGUUCCUAUGAGUCCUUGAUCAUGUAAAAAAUGAGUAUAUGUGAAAAUUUAAACAAUGCGCCAAUAGUAGUGGCACAAACUAUUUCCCGAUUUUGCUUCUUUUCUACACUCGCUAAUGUGUGGUUCAGGAUUUUAAUAAAAUUAUUGUACUUAUUAUUAUGUAGGAACAGUUUGAAUUUUCUUGUUACCAGCUAGCUUAUAAAUUAAACGGUUUGUAGUGUGAUGUAUUAUAAUAUUAAACUUUCGGGGUAUACCUGCCAAUAAUAGUAGAAAAAUUAUACGAGAUAAUGAUGUAUAUACACAAAAUAUCUAUGUGUAGUGCGUAACAAAAUAAUAUUAUUGUUAUUAAAGAAAGUUGUCACUUAACUUAUUUGAGUUAUUAAUAAAACAGAUUUUACUAAUAA